AAUGAGUACAGAGCAAAGCAGGCAGAUCAAGACAAUUCUACCAGGAAGCCUUCCUCUUUAUCUAGAUCUCUUGCUGCUUUUCCAUUUCGUUGAUCUAAACACAGCUAAUUUACAUGCAUAUUAAAUUUAACCACAUAUUUCUUUUCACAGACACCCAAGAGUUGAUUUUUCCCUAAGAAUGAGAAGUCACACAAUGGUGACUGAAUUCAUCCUUCUGAGAAUCCCUGAGACAGAGGGCCUAGAGACAGUCCUUUUAUCCCUGUUCUCCUCAUUGUAUUCAUGUACCCUCUUGGGAAAUGUGCUCAUCCUUACAGCUAUCAUGUCCUCCACUCGGCUUCACACUCCUAUGUAUUUUUUCUUGGGAAACCUCUCCAUCUUUGACCUGGGUUUCUCUUCGACAAUUCCCAAGAUGCUGUUCUACCUUUCAGGGAACAGCCACGCUAUCUCGUAUGGAGGCUGCAUGUCCCAGCUUUUCUUCUACCAUUUCCUAGGCUGUACCGAGUGUUUCCUCUACACGGUGAUGGCCUGUGAUCGCUUUGUUGCCAUAUGUUUUCCUUUAAGAUAUACGGUCAUCAUGAACUACAGGGUGUGCUUUAUCUUGGCCACAGGGACCUGGAUGAGUGGCUGUGUCCACGCCAUGAUCCUAACCUCCCUCACCUUUCAGUUACCUUAUUGUGGCUCUAACAAGAUGGGCUAUUACUUCUGUGAUAUAAUUGUAGUGUUACCUCUAGCCUGUAAGGACACAUCCUUAGCCCAGAGGGUAGGUUUUACAAAUGUUGGUCUUUUGUCUCUCAUUUGCUUUUUUCUCAUCCUGGUUUCCUAUACUUGCAUUGGGAUCUCCAUAUCAAAAAUCCGCUCAGCAGAGGGCAGGCAACGAGCCUUCUCCACCUGCAGUGCUCACCUCACUGCAAUCCUUUGUACUUAUGGGCCAGUCAUCAUUAUCUAUCUGCAACCCAAUCCCAGUGUCCUGCUUAGUGCCAUAAUUCAGAUAUUGAAUAAUCUGGUAACCCCAACAUUGAACCCACUAAUCUAUAGCCUCAGGAAUAAGGAUGUAAAAUCAGCCCUGAGGAAAGUAUUUAUCAAGAGAAGCUUUGCUCUGGGAAAUAAAUGAGAAAAUUUAAAGUAUUGUUGGAUUUAAGAUUUUGAUUACAUUUUAAAGUUUGAUUCUCCAUUUCCUAAGAAAAUUUCUCAUCUGCUGCUUUCAGGGCAUGUUGAAAUGAAAUGUACUCUGAAUAAAUCUACUACUUAACCUUGCUGUUUUAAAUUAUAUGUCUAUUGGUAUAUUUCUCUAUACAUUAGAAGUAAAUAAUUUUUUGACUUUUGGAGGGUUUAAAAUAGGAAUAAGAAAUAAUGUGUAAUUGCUGCACUCCACACUGGAGUACAGGAGUGCAGUCUCCACUCACUGAAACCUCCACCUCCAGAGUUCAAGCAAUUCUCCUGCCUCAGCCUCCCAAGUAGCUG